AUGGCAGGCCCCCCGCUAUCGGCGCAGGCUAUGAAAUUGUUGGCAAAGGAUCUUAGAGACCUGCAGGAGAAGCCGUGCGAGGGCAUUCGCGUCAUCGUCAACGAGCAGGACGUAGCGGAUGUUCAGGCCGAGCUGGAGGGACCGUAUGGCACGCCUUAUGCAGGCGGGCUGUUCCGUAUGCGUCUAGCGCUGCCCUCCGACUUUCCAGCCUCUCCACCAAAGGGCUGGUUCAUCACAAAGAUCUGGCACCCAAACGUCAGCAAGUCCGGGGAGAUCUGCGUCAAUGUCCUCAAGAAGGACUGGCAGCCCGACCUCGGCCUGCGGCACGUGCUGCUCGUGAUCCGCUGCCUGCUGAUUGAGCCGUUCCCAGAGUCGGCGCUCAACGAGGACGCGGGCAAGGCGCUGCUGGAAGACUAUGCCGAAUACUGCAAAUACGCGCGCCUGAUGACCGAGCUCCACGCGCAGCCGCCCAAGCGCCCGAUGCCGCUGGCGACCGCGUCGGGCGCAAACGCGAGCGGGGAGGGCGGCAGCGGCGACGGGCAGGGCCCGGGUUCGCCGGCGGUGAAAAAGCCCAAGGCGGCGGCGGCGAAACUGCCGGCCCAGGGGAUGGCCAAGAAGAAGAGCCUCAAGCGGUUGUGA